CGGAUAACUAAUAUGGCGAAAAUGCGUCUAAAGAAUUCGAUUUCUGUUUGCUUAGAAAUGGCGCCGUAGUGUUUGUUCGUUUCGUAUUGAAGUAAUAAUAGUGGUUUGUUGUUUAAAGUUAUUAGAAUCAUCUUAGACAGACUCAAUGAAGAUGGCAAACUCAUCCCAUCAUGUAUCUUGUGGAUUGGAUUUCUGCAGUGUUCCAGAUAUCAGAGGAAGUCUUCAAGGUGCCUCAGAAGCGGGAUAUGACUUUACGUGUUUUCCAAUUGUUCAUCCAAGAUUUAAAAGAGAAUUUAUUAGUGGAAAGAGUAAAGAAAGACCUGGAGCUUUUACACGAUCAGAUCUUAUCCUUGCUGGCUCAGAUUGGAACAAUUUGAUAGUAGGAAAACUGUCACCAUAUAUUAAUGUUGAUUCUGAAGAUCCAGUUGUGCGAAAACAUUCCGAGGAAGCACUGAACCAAGAACUCACUUAUGCAAAUCAUCUUGGCCUUCCUGCUGUUAUGUUAACUCUCAGAGGAAAUAACCAAAUCAAUCUUGCACGAAUUUUUCACAGUAAAAUGCAGGCUGGAAGCACUUACCAGGUUUGGGUACAUUUACCCAUGGAAAGUCCUGCUGUAGCAGCUUCAUAUUAUCAUAACAGUGAAGAAGAGCUGAUAAAACUGCAGGGAGAUAUCAACACAUGGGGAUGGUGGAACAAGUUCCGUUCUGUGUGCAACUUUGAGAAGAAACUGGGUCUAGCAUUGGAAGUGACUCCAGAUAUUCCACCUGAGGAAGAAAUUGCUCGAUGGAUGGGUGAACCAAUCAAGUGUUUGGUUUUGUCCACGUCACUGUUUGUUACGAAUAAGAAAGGAUACCCUGUGCUGUUACGUCCACAUCAAAAUCUCAUAAAAUCCUUUGCAUCUCUGGAUAUUCAGGUUGUGGUACGAGGUGCUAUCAGGCAUGGUUGUUCUAAAUACUAUCAGCAGUAUUUGGAUCAUCUGUGGCAGAGUGCUUCACAUACUGAUUCAUUGCUAACAUAUGCAAGAGGAUAUGAAGAUUAUCUGCAAUGCCCUCUUCAACCCCUCAUGGAUAAUCUGGAAUCUCAGACAUACGAAGUUUUUGAAAAGGAUCCGGUCAAAUAUAAUGAGUAUCAACGUGCCAUAUACAGUGCUCUUCUUGACAGAAUACCUUUUGAAGAAAAGGAUACCAAAGUUGUUGUCGUGAUGGUGGUAGGUGCUGGUAGAGGACCGCUUGUUCGUGCCGCUUUGAAUGCAGCUCAUAAGGCAGAUAGGAAGAUCAGGGUUUAUGCAGUAGAAAAAAAUCCAAAUGCUGUAGUUACUUUACAGGCUCAACAGGAAGAACUGUGGGGUGAUCAAGUGACAGUAGUCUCAUGUGAUAUGAGAGAUUGGAAUUCGCCUGAAAAAGCUGAUGUUUUGGUAUCCGAACUUCUGGGUUCAUUUGGAGACAAUGAACUCUCACCUGAAUGCCUGGAUGGGGCUCAGAAGUUCCUUAAAGGUGAUGGUAUUAGUAUUCCUUGCAGUUACACUUCAUACUUGUGUCCCAUCCAGUCUUCCAAACUGUAUAACGAAGUUCGUCUCAGCAAAGAGAAGGACAAACAUGCAUUAAAUCACUUUGAAACUCCGUAUGUUGUUCACCUGCAAAACAGAUUUCAGCUAGCACCAACACAGGCGCUCUUUACAUUCCACCAUCCUAACAAAGAUGAAGUUCUUGACAACACACGAUAUAAAUGCUUGUCAUUCAAGAUAGCUCAGGACUGUGUACUGCACGGUUUUUCUGGUUAUUUUGAUACAGUUUUGUACAAAAAUAUAAAUCUCAGUAUUGUACCAGAAACACACUCAAGAGGAAUGUUUAGUUGGUUCCCAAUUUUCUUCCCUAUUCGGGAGCCUGUGCAGCUACAAAGUGGUAAUGAAUUGGAGGUGCACUUCUGGAGAUUAUGCAGCAAGAAAAAUGUAUGGUAUGAGUGGAGUAUCACAAAACCCAUUCCUGUGUCUGUACAUAAUCCAAAUGGCAGGUCGUACACCAUUGGUCUGUGAUAGCAGAAGCAGUACAUGUCUCAUUGUGGAAAACUGUGCUGCUAGCUCUUUGAAUUUCUGUAAGUCACAGACAUUGCAAAAUAUUUCAUGUAGUAAAUGGUAUGAUAGAUAUUGUUGGAAAAUUGUGGCAUUGGAUUUUAACUACUCUGUUCCUGUAUAGCUGCAGGUAGCCCUCGAUUUGCGCCAGGCCAAUUUGCGCCGAUUCAGAAUAACACCGAUUUUGAAGCCAGAAAGUCAAAAAUAUAUAUUUUACUAUUAUUUGUAACAUUUUAUAAUGUUUCUCGUACUACUUAUACUAAAUCGUAAUGCUUACAUCGCUGAUUUUGAAAAAAAUUAUAAAUACAGUCAUCUCUGCAAUUACGUAUGUUUCAUUAACGUGAAUUUGCUCCAAUGAGAUCAGUGAAACGGUAAAAGCUGCUUGUGAAAUGCAAACUUUUGCCUAUACAAGUUUGCUCUUGUGUAAUUUCAUUCCUGGCUCUUUUAACUUUCAAAAGACUAAUUUAAUCAUGAAAUUUUGAAAGAAAGAAAGAAGAAAUCAUGACAGUCCACACUACAUGCCUUCUUUAAAAAAUAUGACGAUCCUCAGCCAGGGACUUCGUCAGAGAACUAACGCUGCUUCAUCACGCCA